UUUGCCGAGUAUCGACUGGCUGUCAAUAGUUGCUAAGAGCCGCCGCGCCCCGUGUACUGGGUAGACAUGACAUCGGGAGAAAACGCGUCGCGACCCUCCGACGACAAAUAAUGCUCACUUGGCCGUGAAACUGGGAAGGGAUUAUACCGUUGGCGAUUUCCAGUGUCCAUCGCUGUAUAUACAUUAUUCAGAGAAGGAUUUACACGGUGAAAAACAGCGCCCGGGCGCUUAGUUCUAUUCUUAUAUCUCAGGUCCACUCGCCGCAGUGCUCGGCGAACAUGGGCUGCUUCGGAGGGAAUGAGGGUGACGACGAUGCCAAGAAAAAGAACAAACAGAUCGAAAAACAAUUAGAAAAGGACAAGCAGAAUUUCAAGGCGACACAUCGUUUGCUUUUAUUAGGGGCAGGAGAAUCAGGAAAGUCCACAAUUGUCAAGCAGAUGAAGAUCUUGCAUGUCAAUGGAUAUAACACAGAUGAGAAGGUACAGAAAUUAGAAGAUAUUAAAAGAAAUAUUCGAGACGCAAUCUUGACGAUAACGGGUGCAAUGAGCACAAUCAACCCUCCAGUCCAGCUUGCCAAUCCUGACAACCAAUAUAGAGUAGAUUAUAUACAGGACGUGGCCAGCAGGCUGGACUUCAGCUAUCCACAGGAGUUCUACGAACAUACAGAGGAACUGUGGAAAGACGAGGGUGUGCAACAGUGCUUUGAAAGAGCAAACGAAUAUCAACUGAUUGAUUGUGCAAAAUAUUUUUUAGAUAAGGUUAGCAAUGUAAAGCAACACGAUUAUAUCCCAAAUGAACAGGAUAUACUACGGUGUAGAGUGUUAACAUCAGGGAUCUUUGAAACAAAGUUUUCAGUGGACAAAGUCAAUUUUCACAUGUUUGACGUGGGCGGGCAGAGAGAUGAAAGACGGAAGUGGAUCCAGUGUUUUAAUGAUGUGACAGCCAUUAUUUUUGUCACAGCUUGUAGUAGCUACAACAUGGUCCUCCGAGAGGACCCUAGUCAAAACCGACUUAAAGAGAGUUUAGAACUCUUUAGGAGCAUCUGGAACAAUAGGUGGUUGCGCACAAUCUCAGUAAUUUUAUUUCUAAACAAGCAAGAUUUAUUAGCGGAAAAAGUGAUGGCUGGCAAAUCAAAAAUUGAUGAUUAUUUCCCUGAGUAUCGAAGAUAUGUAGUUCCUCCUGAAAUCCAUGAACCAGGGGAGCCAGAAGCUGUCACAAGAGCCAAAUAUUUUAUUCGAGAUGAAUUUUUGAGGAUUAGCACAGCCAGUGGAGACGGGCGCCAUUACUGUUACCCUCAUUUUACAUGUGCAGUGGACACUGAAAAUAUCCGCCGUGUAUUUAAUGACUGUCGGGACAUCAUCCAAAGAAUGCAUUUGAGGCAGUACGAGCUGUUGUGAAGCCAAUGGGACUGCUACUGCAGCAACUUCUGUAAA